AUGCCUACUCCCAAGUACUGCAAUCAGUAUCCUAAAUUUCCUGCCGAUCUCAAUGUUGCCAAUAAUGUGAAUGAUGAGUCCGAAAAGCUUCUUCAGGCAUGCCAAGAAUACGGUUUCUUCCUCUUGGAAUUGAGAAAUGAUGAUCAAGGUGAAACUUUGCUAGGCGAUGCAGAGAGGAUAAGACGUAUAUCAACCACCGAAAAGUAUCUUGGGGCGACUACUGGCGUAUUGAAGACCGACGACGGAAAGCUCGAUAACAUAGCAAAGUAUUCCCUCGGACAAGACGACAUACUUGGAACAGGUUCACCACGUGCAAACCCCUCGCCAAUCGAAACGCGCCGUGAAGAAUGGAAAUUGUUCUUCCAUCACGCCCAUGGAUUUCUGAACGUCAUGUUUACCCACCUUGAAAAACAUCUGGGUCUCGCACCUGGUACCCUGGUGUCCAUGGUCUCUUUAGGCAAGGAAUCAGACACCUCUCUACGCAUACUACUUAGUCGUCCUCAAUCAUCCACACAGGAUCCCCGGAUCACAUUAGGCGGCCAUACAGAUAUCAUAUCGGAACCAUAUUAA